AUGGGUAAAAUCAGAAAAAUACAGCACGGCUGACGAAAAGGCAAGGGAGUGCCAAUUUUAGGCCCAGCAGUGGUAGAGUACAGGGAAAAUUGCUUAUGGAUUACUGCCAGAAGGAAAGAUCUGGACGAUCGUUUAAUGAGUACUACAAGUUUUUGAGAGAACAACACUCAAUCAGUAAAUUGUCGUUCGCCGAGCGAGGAGCUCUAAUAAAGAAGGAAGAAGCCAUGAAAAAGAAAAUUAGUAAGAAGUUAGAGGUUGAUAAGAAAGCAGAGCCUCAUAGCAAAUCUUUAACCAGAAAAUUUCCUGAUAGUAAGAAACCUGAAGUAAAGAAGCAUGAAAAGAGGAGGAAGUCUGAGACGAGAAGAAAGACAGACCCACCAAAAUCUGAUCAAGAAAAUCCUCAGAGGAAUCCUGAUCUUGAAAUUUCUAUUGAUAAGAAAUUACUUACUCAGACUGAUGAUAUUUUGCAUGAGAUUAAUGUAGAGAAGAGUUCGAAAAGAAAGUCUGAGGGAAAACUUCUCUCUGAGAUAGCACAAAAUGCUCAAACUGGUCCUAAAAAGAAUCAGGAACCAAUUAACCCAAAGAAUCAAAAGCAGAAUAAGAUACUUCCAGUUAAAGAAGAUGUUAGCACAGAACAACCAACUAUCAAAGAAAAAGUUGCUCCUGUAGAUCAGGACUCAACCAAGCACACUGUUGAAAAUGAGUUAAAAGAGGAGGACUCUAAGAAAAUUAGCCCAGUCUCCACAAAGGUCGUGAGUUCCCUUCCUGAAAAUAUGCCUGAUGAGUUAGUGAAGAACGAUUUGUCAAUCCCUCAAAUCUGUUUAAAUAUGACAAACAAAGGUCUUGAACUGAUAGUGCCAAAGUGAAACAUCUGAAUGGACUUAUUCGAGUCAGAUAUCUCCAUACCAAAAGUCAAGCCUUUAAGUAAAAGAGCUAGGAUGCAAAGAAUCAGAGAGUUUGCCAUCGGACAGAAUUUGAGGUAUAUUCUGAUGGAAAAAGAGCGUGCAAAGAUCAGCUACAAAUGUAACUCUCUCAAAGCAGAGAAUAAACGCCCUACUGUGAACAUAAUUCCUCCCACUGAAAUGGCUAAAAUCGGUAGGAGGACAUUGCGAAGCCACAAGGUGUCACCAGAUCAGUUCAAUAAGUAUGGGAAUACUCGGAAGAGGAUAGAUGCUUUACAUUAUGAAAAGAAGCCAGAGCAUAUUUAUCCCUUUGUUGAUACCAAAGUUGCUGUGUCAGUGGACCAAAAGUCCCCAGUUGAAGUUAUAAAGGAAAGUCUGAUGAAAGAUAUCAAGAAGAAAAAGUGCAAAUGAAAAGACUGGGUCAUGCAUCUGCAACAUCAAGAACUUGAAGCAGGUGAAAGUGAAGAACUCAUUGGCGAAAAGAAACGAACGAACAAGCUUAUUAGCAAGAUGAAAUCUGAGUAA